UAGUAAAUAACUAAAUAAAGUUCACGUUAGGCUAUAAAUGGUGAAUGAAAUGAUAAGUUAUAACAAUUAAUUUAAGGUCGAAAUGCUACCGUCUCCGAGAGAAUAUGAACAACUACAACGCAUUUUACCAAGAUCAGAAAGAAAUGUAAAUGAACCGUCAUAUUUCUCCCUCAUUCCAACUUCGUCCUCGAAUAUGUCAUCAAGUUCAACUGAUACUUCAUCUGGGUCGUACGAAAAUUAUAUUUCACUCUCUAAUGCUGAAACGCAAGAAUUUCGACCUUACCAACUAUUUAAAUCAUCAUGUGAUACAUCUAUACACCAUUCCAAGGAUAGGAGUUUCUUUGGAUCUUCAAACCAUUCCAAAGUUUCCAGGCAGAUUUCGGAAACACCAUUUUUGCGUAGUGAUCGACCAAUGCCUAGGCGGACAAUUAUACCCGAAACUAAUAAAAAAAACCACUUGGAUCUGUACAAUGAGUUGUUUACCACAAAUGAAAUAGAAAUAACUCCAGAACCUACAAUUAGGUCGCUACAAGCACAGAAUAGGUUUCCUGACCUGAUUUCUUCCAUGAACAAUGACAUUAGUCCUCAUGCAGCAAAACUUGUACCAAACCAUCUAUCUAAUUGGUUAGAUUUUGAAACACUGGAAUCAUCUUCAGGAACAUUCAGUGAAACCCAUAUUAUGAGCCCCAGUUCAUUUGAAUUUUUACCACCUGUCUCACCUAUUAGACAAUUUGAGAGGAUAAAUCAGGCUGUUAAUUCAUCAGGUACCGUUAGUCAAAGUUCUGCUAUGAGUACUGGUACUGAUUAUAUGGCACGAUCCUCUCCAAUAAGAACUUCAGCAAAGUAUGAGAGACAAAAUCUUGGUGCUGGAUCAUCUUUAGGAACAUUUCGUGAAAGUUCAAUUUCUCCAAAUUGUAAUAUAAAUUACCCUGGUUUCAUGGAAAAUAUGGCACGAAUCUCACCUCUCGACAAUCAAAGAAAUAUUGUAAAAUUUAAUCGGGGAUCAUCUUCAGGAAUGUAUGGUGAAAACUCAUUUUCACCAACUAUGAAGAGUCGUGAAAUGCCACAACAUUCACCCAUAAGAAAUCCAAUUAAUUUUGAAGGGCUAAAUUGGGAUGCUAGAUCAUCUUCAGGAAUAUUCAGUGAAGCUUCCAUUUCAUCAAUAACAAGCAUCAGCCCUGGUUCUAUUGGAUACAUGCCACGAGUCUCACCAAUAACCAAUCCCAUCAAUUUUGAAAGACUUAAUGAAGACGCUAUAUCAUUUUCAGGAAUAAAAACUGACAGACUAUGCACAUUUUGUAAGAAAAAUGGUGAACGACAAAAAGUGUAUAGCACCCAUACUGUCAAAGUGAAAGUCGAAAACAAGCAGAUAGUUACAUGUCCUGUUCUACGUUCUCAUGUGUGCACUAUUUGUGGAGCAACCGGUGACAAUGCCCAUACAGUGACGUACUGCCCAUUAGUAUCUGACUCAAAUAAGAGACGGCCACAGUCCACCACAGUUACCUUGAAGUCUACCCGCAUGAAGAGCAACGGUAAAAAACGAAACAACUAUAAUAAUUAAUAGAUUGGAAGAUACCAGACUGGUAACUUCCAGGUGUUAUAUGUCUGUAAUUUGUCUUGUAUAAGAAAUAAUUUUGAAUUUUGUACUGAUUAAAGGUGUGUAUUUUAAAUUGAAACAUUGAUCUAUACAUAAAGAUCUCUCUAGAUGAGGUGGACCUGAUUCAAACUAUUUUAUAAAUGAUUUUUAUAUUUUUAAUGAAAUGAUCUCAAUAAUUAUGAUAUUAAGCAAAACGAUUUUUGCAUUUUUAA